AUGAGUCGUUCACUUCAGGAAGUGGAACAUGCUCUACACGAAGUGUCGACCAAGGAACCCGUAGUUCCAACGAGCGAUUUCGAGGCGAAUGUAAGAGCAUACAUUGAGAAGUGGAAAGGCGUGAUUCGAAAGAACGGCCCCAGUAACCUCAAAAAUAACGGCAAGAAGUUGUUGCGGUUUUGCCCAAACAACGUAAUGUGUAUUGUGAGCACCAGGAAUCGAAGCAUGCAUCAGUAUACCUGGUAUAGGGAAGCAUGUGCACAGAAGUCGAUGAUCGAUUUGAUACCUAUAUCUUUUGACUUACGACGUCCUGCAACGGAUGUUCUGUUAAAAGAGUCGCAGAGCUGUCAAGCGAUCAUACCUUGUCGUUGGCACCCUACGCUGUGA